AAAAUGGCAGCCCCCAUGUAACAAUUUAGCAGCGGCUGUUUACGUUUAUUUCAGACGUAUUUUGAGGAAUUGAAAUCUAGUUGAUCAGAUAUUUGGUAAAACUGAAAUUUUUUGAGAUAAUUCCAAUUUGUAAGCUUUUGAGAAAGAGUUGAAACAGGAUGUCUCUAGCAGAUGAACUUCUAGCAGAUUAUGAAGAGGCAGGAGGGGAGGCAAUUGAAGAUGAAGCUGAUGUUGAAAUGACAGAAAUUGCUGAAGUGGCUGAAGUCUCUGAAGAAGUUGACUUCUCAACAAAGGACUCUGUUAGAUCUGUAGCAAAACUACGGGAUAGCCAAAAGCUGAAGGAUGUCAUGCAGCAAGUUCAAGUAUAUGCCACUCAACCAAGACGUAAAAAAGUUGCUGGGCCAGUUGAAGCAGAUCCAGAAUAUCAACUUAUCGUUGAAGCAAACAAUUUAACAGUUGAAAUAGAUAAUGAAAUAAAUGUGAUACACAAGUUUACCAGAGAUCAUUAUUCAAAAAGAUUUCCCGAGUUAGAAUCAUUAGUACCAAUGCCUAUGGAAUAUGUUAGGACAGUGAAGAACCUUGGAAACAGCAUUUUAGAAAAUUCCAAAAACAAUGAAAACUUACAAGAGAUACUGACCCCAGCCACCAUAAUGGUUGUCAGUGUUACUGCAUCUACUACACAAGGUUCAAAGCUUACAGAUGAAGAAUUGGCAGUUGUCAUGGAUGCCUGCAAAAUGGCUGUUGAAUUGAGCGAAUUUAAACUAAAGAUAUUUGAGUAUGUGGAGUCGAGGAUGUCUUUCAUUGCACCUAACCUAUCAAUUAUUGUAGGGGCUUCAAUAGCAGCUAAAUUGAUGGGUCUAGCAGGAGGGUUAACGAACUUGUCUAAGAUGCCAGCAUGUAAUGUAUUGCUUUUGGGCUCACAAAAGAAAACAUUGUCUGGUUUCUCUACAGCAGCUAUCAUGCCACACACAGGAUACAUAUACUAUAGUGAUACAGUACAGAAAACUCCACCUGAUCUGAGAAAGAAAGCAGCAAGGUUGGUAUCAGCCAAAAGUACACUAGCAGCCAGAGUGGACAGCUUCCAUGAAAGUGUAGAUGGCAAAGUAGGGGACCAACUGGCCGCAGAUAUAGAACAAAAAUUAGAAAAACUACAGGAACCUCCCCCAGUAAAACAUGUUAAAGCUUUACCAGCCCCCAUAGAGGUCCCCAAGAAAAAAAGAGGAGGAAGAAGAGCUAGAAAAGUAAAAGAAAGAUUAGGACUUUCAGAAAUGGCUAAAGCUGCCAACAGAAUGAGCUUUGGAGAGAUUGAAGAAGAUGCAUAUCAAGAUGAUUUAGGUUUUACCAUGGGAACACUUGGAUCAAAAGCAAAAUCCGGCAGAAUACGUGGUCCUGUUGUAGACUCAAAGACUAAAGCCAGAAUUUCUAAAACAUUACAGAUGAAAGUACAGAAACAAAAUAACCAGGUGUGGGGAGGAAGUACAACAGUAAAGAAACAGAUAGCUGGUACAGCAUCCAGUGUGGCAUUCACACCAUUACAGGGUUUGGAAAUAGUAAAUCCACAAGCCGCAGAGAAGAAAGUACAAGAAGCUAACAAUAAAUACUUUUCUACAACAGCUGGAUUUCUUAAACUCAAUAAAAAUCAAACAUGACCACAUUUGUUUGACUACAUGUGUUAAUCAAAGGGAGAUAAUUUAUUUGUGAACAAUCGAAAAUUAUUCCUUUACAAAAGGAUCUGGAUUUAUCAUGUGAAAACAUAAAAGUGUCAUAUAUUACAGUUGUUAAAUCAUUACCUUCAAGAAAAAACACUUUCUAAAAUUCCAUCAUUUAUUCAUUAUUUAAUAUAUAAAUGUUACUAUUUCAUAAAUAGACACACAUGGUUACAAUUUACAAUUGUCCCCACACCUACCAUUGUACAAUUAUAUUGUUUUUGCUUAUCAUCUAAAGAUAAUCCAUUAUAAAAAGAAAUGCCAAUCUGAUCUCACAGUAUAUUGUUCUGUGAAUAUAAAUAGGCUACGAAAAUAAUUUUUCACUUUUCUGGCACCUGGAUCAUUUGAUGAACAUAUCCAGUAGGUCAUUCUUAAAAAGACAAACACCAUAUCUGCCAUCCUCUGAAACCUUCAAGAGGGAGAUCUCCCCCUCAGCUAUGACAGCUGAGGGGGAGAUUUUGCGCGAAUGACAUUUUCAAGUUAAAUAUACGUAUGACCUGUUUACGCAUUCAUCUACAAAACACCAAUAGAGUUAAUAAAUAUACUUUAUUUCUCCAAUUCAUGGUAAUAAUCUAUACAAGGUGGUUUUUUCAUUUAGCCUUUUUCUAUACCUCCGAGUCUCAUAACUCAUAACGUUCCAUAUUUUGAUUUUGUUGUGAGUCUCACACUAAGCAUGCCUUCAAACAUCGUACAGACCACCAGAAGAAAUCGAAGAGUUAUUUGAACAUGAUGUGCAAAAAGAUAAAUUUCAUUGCCAAGUGAACUUGGUCGUAAAAAUUGAAAAUCUUUCAUUCAAAUCUACUUGACAUUUUGAUUUGCAGUUAUCUAUUUCUUCUUUUUUACACUGCCGCUUGGUCCAGACAAAGACCUCUAUCGUGUUGGAAUUGACAUAGAAGAAAUGAAUUUUGAUUACUUAUACAUCGACCAUAAACACUACUGACCAAAGUUUUUAAAUGAUCGCCGAUUGUUUGUUUAUUUCUAUUGAAAGUAAUGAAAAAAUCAAGAGAUUUACAAACGUGGGUUAUUCCAGGUAAAAAUAUCUGAAAGGAGAUUAUAAACUCCUGCGCGGGAGCGGACCGGCAAGCAGGAGAUUUCUGGAAUUUCGUCGUUUGCGCAGGAGACUCCCGCAAUAAACAGGAGGGUUGGCAGGUAUGAAAUACUGAGAAUAAGUUGUAUCUGUUUUAGUAUCAUUAAACUGAUAUCAUUUUUGGUAGAAAAAAGUAAAUGAAUACUUCCAUAUCACAUUUAGCAUUUUGUUAAUUAAGCUAAGAAAUUAAAGAAAUAAUGCAGACUGAGAAGUAGCAGUAGCAAUCUAUUUUAGUAUCAUUUAAACUGAAAUCAUUUUGGGUUGAAAUUUUUUCAAAAUCUGUUUUGUAUACCAUUUUGUAAAUUGCAGUGGAUUUUUUUUUUAAUGGCAUUAAUGCUAUCCAGUUUUGAGGUUUUAUCUGAUCUUUUGAUAUACCAAUAUGUAUAGAGAUUUGAUAUUAAAUGCUUGUUUUAUGAUUUCAUAUACAUAUGUGUACAGCGGCAGCAUAAUUAUCUUUCAGUAACAGACUUAUCACCAAGUUAACUUAUGUUUAACUAUUGAUAUAAAAAAUAAUAAAGAUAUACAAACAUUAA